AUGGUGGACACUCCCGGAAAGUUCCAUCUGACGAAGCAAUUAGAAGGGCCGUCACCCCUUUUUCCACAAGACUGUGGAAUGGACAUUGACAGACAGAUUGUAAGGAACAUAAAUAAUCAGGUUCAGGUUGAUCAGGAAAUUUUAAGGGUUCCUGGAAUUGACUCUCGAGGCCGCCAUGACAGGCCCCACCCCCGCCGGACGGCCGUUGGGGCCCCACCCUCCGCGCUCGCGCAUGCGCUCCUGUCCUCCGGAGCCGAACCAACUGCCCCAACAGACGCCAGGAGCCGUGGGAGGAUGGCGGUCCGCGUGCCUGAGAGCCCCGCCCCAGUGGGCGUGCGCAGGCGUGCAGGCGCGGGGCACGCGGGCAUCUGGUCCUGCAGCUCUCUGUCAGAGAGGAGAGAGGUGGAGUGUCGGGCACGCUGCGGAGCGUCUCUGGCGACGCUCCUCGCCGGGAACAUUUGUGCUGGCUACCAGGCAGCAGUAGUCCGUGCCCAAGCCUGCAGGACGGCUUCAGAAGGAGCAUGUCCAGUGCUGGGAACGGAUGUGACCAUGAACCCCGGUGCCUCCUUGUCUACUUUCACGGCAGUGCCCUUCCCUCCACCCAUUCCUGGCGCCCAGCACCGGCCACCCUGGCAGCAGCACCUGCCACGUCCCAUCACCCCAGCAUUCCCUCCUGGCAGCAGCCUGCUGCUGCCAGCUUUCCCCAGGACGCCUAUGGUGGCUAAUGGUGGCCGUGGCCCCAGUGCCCCUGGGGCUUGCAACCUCACUGUCCAAGUCAGGUCACAAGGGAGGACAGUGGAGGCCCCCCAGACUCAGACCUUUGUCGUUACUCAGGCCCCCCUCAAGUGGAGCGCUCCAGGGGCCCUCAGCAGGAGUGCUGCAUGUCCUGCACCCGAAUUCAUAGCAACCCCUGUAAUGGGGACCGUUGUGACUGCUCCAGCUGUUGGAGUUAGUCAGCCUGGCAAGGGAGACUGGACCCCAGGCUUUCCUCCUCAAGCUCCACCACCAGCUGCCCAGCUGGCCCCUAUCAUUCGCCCAGUGAACUCUGGGCCAUGGCCACAUGACACUUCCAGGGAGGGCCGCCUGGCCACCAACCAGUCCAACGCCUCGCUGGAUGGCUCCUCUAACACCCAGAGAGAGUACAGUAACUUCCGACGUUGGCAGCGCUUCAAGCCCCUGGCCCGGAGACACUUUCACCUGAGUCCUGAUGCAGAAGCUUUUUCCUGCUUUCUCAUCCCAGUGCUUCGAUCCCUGGCCCGCCUGAAUCCCAACAUGCCGCUGGAGGAGGGACUGUGGAGGGCCGUGCAGGAAUGGCGGCGCUUGAGCAACCUUGACCGGAUGAUCUACUACGAGAGGGCGGAAAAGUUCAUGGAAUUUGCGGCCGAGGAGGAGAUGCACAUUCAGCAUUUGCAGUGGAUGCAGUGCGCGCAGGACCUGCCUCCUCCAGCCCCACCGAAGCUGGAUCCUCGGGGGCCCCCAGCCCCGCCCUCACCUUCCUUCCCUUCCUCCUGCUCUGCCUCAGCCUGUGCUCCCAGGAUGUCCGGCCCCAGGGCCCAGCCCUCGCACCCGAAGCCACACAGAUCCCAGCGGAACCCGGAGCCCAAGGCGCCCAAGGUGAUUCCCCCUGAGACUGUGAGGGAGUAUGUGGACAGGAUGGAGGCGCUGGCGGGGCACGUCCACUCAGCCACAGGCAAGUCACCUGCAGAAUGUGGAAAGGACGGAAAUGAGCUGAACCAGGAAGAGGACGACACCUACUUGGACCCGUGUCUCUUGAGCUGCAUUGACGAGCUGCGUUCCCGGGAAGACUCUGUCACCAAGGUGGAGGCAGUCAUUCACCCUCGAUUCCCGGCAGAAUUGUUUUCCCCAGACCCACAGCUGGAUGUCUUGGCCCUUGCUGAGGAGCUGAAGCAGGAGGAAGGACUCACCCCUGAAGAACUGGUGCAGAAACAACUCUUGGACUUGAAAGAGGAAGAAGGUGGGCCGGCAGCCCCGAGCCACAGUGCACCCGGAAUGGGCUCAAGUCCAUCUGAGUCCCACGCCGGCCAAGGUGCCCAGAGGCACGACCAAGACCGCCAUCGAGGGGUCAGUGAUGAAGCCUGCCCACCAGAGAUUGAUUUUGAGGCUCUUCAUAGGCCCAUCCGAGCAGACACUGGCCCGUUCGGGCCCAAAGUCUUUGUUUCCUCUCGAGGACGUCAGGAGGUCUCUCCAUUCCAGGCCGGACGGCCCUCCCCUCCCCAGCGUCAAAGGCGCACUGGCCCUCUACUGGGACCCAGGGAUGCGUCUGUUCUCACAGAGGCGUCUCCUGUUUCGGAGGCCCGAGGGCCCAGGGACGCGUCCAGUGAGGACGAGGAGGAGCUCCCCAGCCUGGCCCCCCUCUUGGCCUCUCCGCAGAGCCUGUCGCCUUGCUGGCUGUCCCAGAGUCCUGCCCCUGCCUCAGGCCUGGCCUCCCCUGGAGGUGCAUUUAGCCUGAUGAGAGGGAAGGAGGAGAUGUCGGUAGCUGGGCAGGUGGUUCUCCAGGAGCAAAUGUCAGGGACGGUUGUGUGGGCAAGAUCCCUAGGCCCCGUCCUGGCAAUCUUGCUGUGCACUGAGCAGUCCAGAUGA